AUGCAAACUGCCGCAAAUUUGAUACAGAACAAGAUGGGAUCGUUCCCCACUAUCGUACAUCCCGAGUCCAAGGCUAUAUCUGAUGGCGCGACUAUGAAAGCCUUGGCCUGGUUCGGGGCGUGCGAUGUACGACUCAUCAACACUCCUAUCCCCGACAUUACCGAGCCCGACGACGUAAUCCUCAAAGUGACCGGUACGACUAUAUGCGGCUCCGACCUCCAUCUGUACCACGGCGAAAUUGUCACUCUACAGAAAGGCGACAUCUUGGGUCAUGAGUUCAUGGGCAUCGUGGACAAGAUCGGACCCAACGUUAAGAACCUCACCAUUGGCCAACGUGUUGUCGCGUCCUUCCAGAUCGCGUGUGGAGAGUGCGAGUACUGCAAACAGAAGCUCUCAUCCUUCUGCGACAAGACCAAUCCGUCUACCCUCAUGAACGCUAUGUACGGUCAUCGCGACGCUGGCUUCUUCGGGUACUCUCACUUCACUGGCGGCUUUGCCGGUGGUCAAGCAGAGUACGUCCGUGUACCCAAGGGCAACGUCAACCUACUCCCUAUCCCGAACGAAGUGCCCGAUGAGAAGGCGCUCUAUCUUUCGGAUGUUCUCUGUACUGCGUAUCACUGUGUCAUGGACACUGGGGUGAACCCCCACGAUACAGUUGGCAUCUGGGGUCUUGGUCCCAUUGGUCUUUGCGUCGCCAAGUUCGCGAAGCUCAAAGGCGUGAAACGCAUCAUUGCUAUCGACAAGGUUCCAGAGCGCCUCAGGAGGGGAGAAGACAUCGGAGUUGAGACAAUCGACUUCACGAAACAUACCGAUGUCGUCAGUCGUCUGCAGGAGCUUGUGCCCGGAGGCCUCGACGUCGCCUUAGAUUGCGCAGGCACAUUCCACGAGCCCAAGUCGGUAUUACACAAGGUCGAGAAGGCGCUCAUGCUCGAGACCGAUGUCCCAGAGAUUGCCAAUGAGAUGAUUAUGUCCGUCAAGAAAGGCGGUCGGUGCGGUCUCAUCGGGGCCUACUCUGGUUAUACCAACCACUUCAACAUCGGUGCACUCAUGGAGAAGGGCAUUCGCUUCAUCGGCAAUGGUCAAGCUCCCGUGCACAAGUGGUGGAACGAGAUCCUCAACGAUUUCAUCAUCACGGGCAAAUUCGAUCCUACCUUCAUGGUAUCGCACCGCGUCGACCUUGAUGACUUCCCUCAGCUAUAUGCUGCGUUUGACAAGCGAAUCGCUGGCGUCGAGAAGGUCUUCGUGCAGACGCAGUUCUCCAGCCCACCAGCGGUCGGUUGUCCGACGCUCACCAGAGUCGACCACUGGGCGGUGUAG